GUGGAAGAGUUAGUUCUGGUGGAUGUUGAUAACGGCACGGUCCUGACCACACAACACAAGGGCCUCGAGACCCCACACCUGCCCACGGCCGCCGUCGAAGAAUUUUUGACCAGCACCCAGCAGCUUCAAGCAAAUACUGAGCUGUCUUCAGCCCAUCUGGCUUCCCACACUAACCUGGCAACAGCUCGAGAGAAGAAGCGCAGUCAGAGGCAACAAAUGAACCGACAGCUUCGACAGAUCUUCCUGCAGCUCAUCGGGAACCUCCUCAGGGACGUCUCCAAACAUUUAAGUCUUAAGCACCGUGUGUUCAACAAGAAGGAAUUUUUAGACUCGCGACAGCCGGCUUCGCAGCCUUUCUACAACAGU